AUGUCCGACAAAAAGGUCAUCGACGAGCCCAAGGGCACCCCCGCGGAGGUUGACGUCAAGAGCAGCGAUGGCUCUUUCAAGUUCGAGCAAGGAGACGACUCGACAGAUCCCAACCGAAGGCAAAUUGGCCUAGUCUCUGCCAUUUUCAUUAUUUUCAACAGAAUCAUCGGUACUGGCGUCUUCGCAACACCGAGUACGAUUCUUGGCCUCAGUGGGAGUGUAGGCCUCGCUCUGUUUAUGUGGGUCAUCGGAGCAAUCAUUGCUGCUGCCGGUAUGCAUGUCUAUAUUGUAUGGGGUUCGGCGAUUCCCAGAAAUGGAGGCGAGAAGAACUAUUUGGAGUAUCUCUUCAGGAAACCAAAAUACCUCAUUACGUCCAUGUUCGCAGCAAAUGGUGUUCUUCUUGCCUGGGCUGCCGGAAACUCUCUUGUCUUUGGCGAAUACAUCCUUCGAGCCGCCAAUGCUGACCCUACGCGGUGGAAACUCCGAGCUGUCGGUUUCGCCUGCCUCACAUUCGCCUUCCUUAUUCACGGUACCGCGUUGAAAUGGGGCCUCCGCCUUCAAAACUUCUUGGGUAUCUUCAAGGUCCUGGUCCUCAUCUUCGUCAUUAUCACCGGUUUCGUGGCCCUCGGUGGACACAUGAAGGUUCCCAAGCCCAACAACUUCUCCAAUGCGUUCGAGGGUACAACCGCUAGCGCCAGCUCUUUCUGCCUGAGCUUGUACAAUGUUAUCUGGUCGUAUAUUGGAUUCAGCAACGUCAAUUACGCUCUUUCUGAAGUCAGGAACCCUCAACGCACCAUCCGCAUCGCAGGUCCCUUGGCCAUUGGCUUCAUCACCAUCCUCUACAUCCUCGCCAAUAUCGCCUACUUUGCCGCUGCGACCAAGGAGGAGAUUACAGGCUCUGGUCGGCUCGUCGCUGCUCUCCUAUUCGAGAAUGUCUAUGGCGAGAAAGCGACUCGUGCUCUGUCGGUGUUUGUCGCCCUUUCUGCCCUUGGAAACGUCCUCUCCGUUGUCUUCUCCCAAGGUCGUGUAAACCAGGAGCUCGGACGAGAGGGUAUCCUUCCAUUCAGCAAGUUCUGGGGCUCCAACCGACCAUUCAAUGCGCCUUUGGUCGGUCUCGGUCUUCACUGGGUCGUCUGCUUGAUCGUCAUCUUCGCCCUCCCUCCCGGGGACGCCUACAACUUCGUCCUCAACGUCAUCUCAUACCCCCUCUCCGUCAUCAACGCCGCCAUCUCCUUCGGAAUCGUCUACCUCCACUUCCGACCGUACCAUGACUGGCCCGGUGUGCCCAUCUGGGGCUUGAUCACCUCUGCCUUCUUCGGCGCCGCCAACGUGUUCUUGUUCAUCGUUCCCCUCACCCGACCUCCACCAGGCGCCGAACCCUACGAAUCCCUCCCCUACUGGACACACGCUGUGGCCGGAUGGGCUGUGUUUGGACUCGGAUUGGUGUACUGGAUCAUUUGGGCACGUAUCCUUCCCAAGGUGCUGGGAUACAAACUCGUGCGAGUGGAGGAAGUCGGGAAGGAUGGUCUUGUUCGUCACGUAUUCCAGUGGAGGCGGUGA